AUGGAAAGGGUGAGUGUCAGGCCGCCUCUCGCACCGCCUUGCGCACUGCUUGUCCACAGUCCGCCACCACACCUUCCCCCCACUUGUUGCCGACACAUCCGCCUUCAGUCGUCCCCUGUCCCCUGCGCGACCCCUCUGCCUUUACCCAGAGCUAGCACUCCAUUUUCGCACUCCAUUUCGUGUCGCAACAUGGCGUCCCACCCAGCAUUUGCAGCUCCACUGCGUCCGCUUCCUACCAAGAUUCGUUGUCCCUCACGUAUCUGCCCAAAUGUCCCCCACAUGGUGCUGGACCCCGCCAACGUAGGCACUGGCUACGCCUUUCUCAACGGUUUGAAAGGCGUCGUCAUCGGUCCGACCAUCAACGAAAUUACUGCCGCCAUAGCUGGCGGUACUGUCGGCGUCAUGGGCACCAUCAUCACCCUCGAGGUCCGUCGCCAGCAAGUCAAGGAGCGAAAGCAAUGCCCCUAUUGCAGGGGCAAUGGCAAACUACCCUGCGCCACGUGCUAUACCGUCGGCGCUGUCCCGUGCGGAGACGCUCUCAGUGCCCAAACAGGCUGCGCCGUGUGCAACGAGCGAGGUUUUCUAGAGUGCAACCACUGCCAAGGGGACGGCCGCUUGAUACCAUGGGUGUAUGAGCGCGCCAUCAGCGCACAGUACGAGGACUAUACCUAUACUGCCAUUGAUGACUACUACCAGGACGGUCCUCCUUAUGUGUAAUCUCCAACAACGUGCCGCGCCCUGUUAACUUACUGUCAUAACUAUUGCAUAGCACAAGACUCGGCCAUUUUGCCCAAUUCCGGAGCCGCCAUUCCCGGCAUUCCAGGCAGUCCCGGCACUUCCCCAUUGUCUGCGUCCGUCGACAGCCCCUUCAUUACUUCCGCAGGGGGACUUCCUGUCUCCUGCAUCUUCGAAAGCAACUCCAUGAUCACCCCGGACUCCGCCCCACUCUCAUAGUUUUCACAAAUUUGUCCCACUAAUUCCUGCUGCGUCGUGUAUCGACCUAGUUCUUCUGCUGAAAGCCCUUCGGCGUGCUUUGGCAACCACUCCGCGUACGCCUCCCGCAUUUGCAGCAUCGGUGCCUUGAGCACGUCCUCCGAGAGCAAGUGCCCUACAAUAGAUUCUACCAACUUCUCCAUAUUCUGUCCUCCUCCAUCCCCACCUAGCCCAUUGGCAGCGUCCUUUCCAUCGCCUCCAGGCACACCUUCCUUACCGCCGGGCGCUCCCAACCCACCCAAGGAGCCCAGACUUGUCAUAAACUCUUCCACAAGCUUCAUGUCUGCUUCGUUCACAUCCUCCCCUUCGCCCCCCUCUGGCGGCUUGAGGCCGAGGUCUCCCAGCGCUUUCACGGCAUCGUCGAAAGCUUUUGUUGCCUCAUCAUGCAGUUCGGGGCUUAUCCCUACUUCAUCAGCCGCUUGAGAAGGCUCUUCCCCUGAAGUUUCUAGCUCUGCAGGUGAUUUCUCGCCUUUGCCUUCGGUGACAGCAAGUGCAGUUUUCUGGGGUGCGCUUUGGAAGGCUUCCAAGGCUCCGUCGAGGAUGCCAUCCAGCUCGUCGUCGGGUAUGUGGUCAGCCAUCACGUCCAGCGGAAGAGCAAUCAAGCGCGAUAAGAUACGCUGAUGCUAAGGAUGGAUAGAGACAUGCAAACGCUUGUAUCGUUGAAGAAUAGGAAUACGUUACGACUACUGU